AUGGCUGAAAAUCCACCUCGCAAGCCGUCGCGUUCCGACAGCAUCUCACAGCAUUCCGACGCAUCGCAGACUGCGCAAGAGUACGUCACAUUGUUCAUCAACAGUCAGCUCCAGCUCGAAGCUGAUGCGCGCGAGGUCCUCCCAUAUCAAUUCGAUACUUGCUCGCGUCCUCUCGGACCGUUGCGGCAGAAAGCUUGGUCCUGCCUGACCUGCAAUCCCCCUCCUGACGACCCUUCCGAACCGUACACGCCCGCCGGUGUCUGCUAUUCCUGCCACGUCUCUUGCCACGGUGAGCACCAGCUCGUAGAGCUUUUUGCCAAGCGCAACUUCGUGUGUGACUGCGCUACCGGCGUCAAGGGCGACGUCCGCGCCGAGAGUCCCGCCCCCAGCAACCAUUACGAUCACAAUUACCGUAACCUCUUCUGCGGAUGCGGCCAAGAAUACGAUGCGCACCAGGAGAAGGGUACCAUGUACCAGUGCCUUGGACUGGGCACUGUUGAGGAUGGCGGGUGUGGAGAAGACUGGUGGCAUCCCGAAUGUCUCAUCGGUCUUCCUCGAGACUGGUACAAGAAGGAGUCCGGCAAGGGAGCGGAAGCACGCACCGACCAGGACGGCUCCAGGAGCAAAGACGCAGGUAGAGCGGACAGCGAGACGGUUGCCGCGAAUGGCACCGCGAUCGAAACAACGAAUGGCAACACCGACGCCAGAGAUGGUGUGCCAAUCGAGGAAGAGGCAGCCGAGGACGACCCACCCCUUCCUCCCGGAUUCCCGGACGAAGACGCCUUUGAACACUUGAUCUGCUACAAAUGCGUAGAGGCGUUUCCAUGGAUCAAGCGAUAUGCAGACGCUCCCGGGUUUUUCCCUCCCGUCUACCACGUGGAAAGCGGAGACGCCACAUGCGAAAGCUCGAGGAAGCGCAAGGCUAUCGAGGGCAAAGAUGGUGAUGCUGCAUGGUCACAUGAAGACGUUAAACGGCAGCGCAACUCUCAGGAACCACCAUCCGCAACGACGGAUACGCCGGACAAUCCGAGAUCGACGAAGGCGAUCUGCCACUACUCCAACCUUCCGCCGGCGCCGACCGGUCGAUUCACCCUUUUCCUCAAGGAGGAUUUCCGCGAUCAGAUUUGCCGCUGCCCGUCUUGCUUCCCGCUCCUAACACAGCACCCCUAUCUCCUGGAGGAAGAAGACAUGUACGAGCCCCCCGUAUCUGAAUCGGAUGCAGCCGAUGCUCCUGCCACUGGCAGCGCAGGCGUCAUGGUUUACAACCAUCUGAAAGACAAGGCGUACUUUGAGCGCUUGAGAGGUGACGCUGAAGGUAUCAUGGCUGCGCGAGGCGAGGCGGAGAAGGGUGGCGACGGGCGUAAGGAGGAUGGUGAUGGUGGCGGAGAGAACGGUGGCGCAGCGAGAAAGGAGCAGAGCGGCUAUUGA